AGAGGAUGUCACUCAACAUGGCGGCCGGUGUAUGGUGAGGCUGCCUAGGAGACUGCGGCGGUGUUUUGUGGCCCGGUUACCGAAUCGCUAUGAGCAAGCCGAGGAUUAUGCUGGCAGGGAGGUUCCGGAGGAGGCUGUGGCGGGCGCUGUGUGACGGCGGAGGGCAGCUGUGACGAGACGUGUCGGUGUUCGUGUUUAUAUACAUUACAGCUAUUUCCCCCCCACCGAGAAUUCUGAGGCACCGCCGUAUUACUGGGCCGGCAACCCCCUCACAGACCUCGGCCUAACCUAGUCAUGAGGCGAUACGGCCUGCUUCCCUGGGUGCUGGUUCUGCUGUCAUUAUGGGGAGGACAAGCGGCACCACUUCCUGAAACAGGUGCAGGCAAAGUUGCUAAUAAUGAUGUACCCAUAUCGUUCGUUUUGCUGUCUGUAUGCAGUUUUAUUGCCCUGGUCGUUCUCCUUAUAAGCUGUAUAUCCUGUUGCAAAGAGACCGAAAUAGACUUCAAGGAAUUUGAAGAUCAUUUUGAUGAUGAAAUUGAGUUUACACCUCCAGCUGAAGAUACCCCUUCUAAUCAGUCUCCGGCAGAUGUUUUCACAUUAACUGUUCCAACUGUAUCUCUGUCUGUCCCAUCUCAUCUACAGUCACCUCAAGAUUUAUCAAGAUCCCAAAUAUCUCGAAGAAGUCUAAGCUACAUUCAGGAAAUUGGAUAUGGUUCGUUUGGGAAGGUAUUGCUGGGAGAGGUCUACAAGGAAGACAGUGUGGCAAGAGUUAUAGUGAGAGAAUUAAAUGCGAGCGCCAACUCCAAAGAACAGGAACAAUUUUUAAAAAAUGGAGAGCCAUAUAGUUCUCUUCAUCACCCAAACAUUGUGCAAUGUCUCGGGCAAUGUGUGGAAGCCGUGCCGUAUCUCUUGGUGUUUGAGCUGUGUGAAUUGGGUGACCUGAAAACCUAUUUAAGCAAGGAGAGAGAAAAGAUAACUGGAGAUUCAGAAAUUAUGUUACUUCAAAGAAUGGCAUGUGAAAUAGCUGCUGGACUUGCCAUAAUGCACAAACAUAAUUUUGUGCACAGUGAUUUCGCUUUACGAAACUGUUUUGUUACAUCUGAUCUAACCGUAAAAGUAGGAGAUUAUGGAAUAGGAUUUAGCCGGUACAAGGAGGAUUACAUGGAAACUGAACAGAAGCUUAUUCCUAUUAGAUGGACUGCUCCAGAAUUGGUGACAAGUUAUCAGGAUAGGUUGAUCGUGGCAGAUCAGAAUAGGCCUAGUAAUAUUUGGUCUCUAGGUGUUACUCUUUGGGAACUUUUUGAUUAUUCAGCCACACCAUAUGAAGACCUCGCUGAUGGUGAAGUCUUAAUUCAUGUCAUUAAAGAAAAAGAGAUUAAACUUCCCAAACCACAAUUAGAGCAACCAUAUGCAGACAGAUGGUUUGAAGUUUUGCAGUUCUGCUGGCUACCUCCAGACAAAAGACUCACUGCAGAAGAAGUCCAUAGACUACUGACAUACCUUCGUAUGCAAAGCCAAAGGGAAACUGAAGCUGACUUUGAGCAACGCUGGAAUUCUUUAAAGCCAAACACAAAUAAUCGGCAAGCAUCUUCAAAUCUAGCGUUCCCUAUCUUGGAGCACUUUACUGCAGAUGAAAUAAGCCAUGAACUGGAUGAAAUUCUUACUGUAACAGAAACUAGCCAGGGACUCAGCUUUGAGUAUGUGUGGGAGGCAGCCAAAGAAGAUCAUUUUGAAGAACACAGUCAUACAGACCCUGAUACUGCAGUGAACUAUAAUAAUAUAUUUUUCCCUGUGCCUGUAAAUGUUUUUCAAAAUACAGUUUCUGACCUUGGUCAAGGCCUGCAAGAACAUGUUGGGGGAGAUGAUGCCCUUACUGUUCCCGAGGUAGUGCCAGUCUUUGAUGCUCAUAAUGUUUCUGUUGCUAAUGAAUAUUAUAUUCAGUUGGAGGAGCAAGGUGAAAGCAGGUUGGACUUUGAUCACUGUUCCAAUAAUCCCAGGGAACUUAAAGAUGGAAACUUGCAAUUCAUUGCUCUCUGUGACCUCCGUUCUGCAGAAUCCAUGAAGGACAUGGAUACUGGUUCAGAAGAACCUGAAUGCAAUAAUCCAGAGUAUUUGCAUGUUUCCAGUUGUUUAGAUUUUCCAUUGCAAAAUGUGGUAAACCAGUCAGGAAAAUGGGCUCACCUUCCUGUGGAAAAAGAUGUUCUUUCUGAGCAUGAAUCAAAUCUUUUUUUAGGACUUGAUUCUUUUCACACACAUUCAAAAAUUCAGCCUCUCGAAGAUGGUUUAAAGCAUGGGUUUGAAACAGAAACAUUUAUUUUAGGAAAUCUGGAUGAAUAUAAUGUUGGAAUACCAAGCUUAAAAGAACUUUCUGAAAACUUCUCAUUUCUGAAAGAGAAGAAUUUGUUAUCAAAUGGUCUGUUUAGCAAACAAAAUGUAUAUGAACAGGCAAAUAAACCUCUAGUCAAGUCAGAGAAUAUAUUUGAGACUUCACAGACACACAGUUUGGAUAUUGAACUCAAGUUAGCAGAGCUAAAUUCAUCUCUUCAUGUUAUGUCCAAAUCAAAUCACUCACAUGACCUUGAAGUAUCAGAACAUGAGGAAAAGCUAAAUAUCCCUGCGUUUUUAUCAACCUCUUCUAAGUCACAUGUUUUAGAAGACCACACAUACGAUCCUUUUAAUGUGCUCACAGACCUAUCCAAUGACAAGCAAACUAUCCAAGAGACUGAAAGCAUCUCUGCCAUCAACAUUAUAAACAAAGUGCUGGCAGAUGAUGAAGGCAUGCAAAAUAAAAAUGUUGAUUUAUGGAACCAUAUUACUUUGCCCAACAGUAGAGAUUUGUACACAUCAUAUGAUAGUGAAGUUAGCUUUAUACAGCCAAACCAAGAAAUAGCUGAUAAUGUUUUGAAUAAUCAAGGGUGCCUUGUCUCUACAGGUAAGCCUUCAGAGUCAGAUGCAGACAAAUCUAUAUGUAAAAGUACUUCAAGCACAGUUAUUGUAACACCUGCUGUAUCAUCAGAUUCAACAAGUCAAGACAGCAUGUUGGAAGAUAGUUUUAUAAAUUCGACUCAGUCUUUGCCUCCAUCAGUAGGAACUCCUGACUCCAUAGACUCUCUUGAUGUUCAAAAUGUGUUGCAGUCCCUAGAGAUAGAGGGUGUCCAGAAAUGUAUGCAGGGAGAUAAACCUGCAGAUAGUGGAUAUGAAACAGAAAACUUGGAAUCUCCAGAGUGGACAUCACAAACUAAUAGUCCUAACAAUCUGAAUGAGGAUAAUAAAAUUACUCCUAAACUGAUCACUCCAGUUAUAAUAAUAUCAGAUGCUAGUAUUGCAGACUUUGAAGGAAAUGAUCCCGAUAUUAUCAUUCAAAAAUCCAAAAAUUUAGGUCAGAAUUCUUAUCGAGACUCUGCAUACUUCUCAGAUAAUGAUUCUGAACCUGAAAAGAAAACAGAAGUAACUGUGCCAGAACUGCCAACCUCAUUGCCAUUAACUGUUAUAGUCAAUAAAUCACUUGAUUCUGGAAAAACAUUAGAUGAACAGACUAAUGAAACUACUUUAAUCAAAACCAGCACAAGCAUUCCAGUAAUUCUUUCUCAGGAUGAAGGGAACAUUCAUCCGGUUGAAUGGAAUGAAACAACAUCUUUGAGUUCAGAAAAUGAUGAGGUACCUUCCCCUACUCUUCCUAACUUUGAUAACGGUGAGCCAGAAAAGGAUUCUGACUUAUUUUUGUUAGAAGAUGAUGAGGAGGUUGUUAAUCCUUUUGGGCCUUCAGAAGUUGUCUGGUCAAAAGAUGCAGUCCGCGAGAUGUCAUUCAUUAGUUACAAUGAAGGGCAAAAAUUGAAAGAACCAGAUAUGGAGGGGAAAUAUCUUGGUAAGCUUGAUUCUUCUGGCUUGAUUGAUUUAUCAGAAGAUGGGGACGAUGCUGAUGAAGAAGAUGAAAACAGUGAGGAUUCUGAUGAUGAUGAUAUAAGAGCAUUUAAUCUUCAUAGCUUUAGUUCUGAUAGUGAAGAUGAAAUAGUGCAUCCUGUUCCAGUUAUUCAUAUAGAAAAAGAUGAUGGGAAAAACCUGAAAAGUUUAAUUAAAACUACUAAACUGACAUCAACAAAUAGAUUUUCUAUCAAUCAAAAAAAAAGCAGAAAAGCUGUGAGCUUCUUUGAUGAUGUUACAGUCUAUUUAUUUGAUCAGGAAACACCAACCAAAGAUCUUGGCACCCGAACCUUGGAUACAAACAACCAUGUUCCAGGCCGCCACAGCCCUGCGUCACCAUCUGGUCCAGGUUACCUUCAUAGAAUUACAAACUCUGAGAGCUCCACUGAUGAAGAAGGUGGCGGCUUUGAAUGGGAUGAUGAUUUCUCCUCUCCUGAGCCUUCAUAUUUAGCCAAACCUACAAGUCUAAUCAGUCAAAAACUUUCUCUAAAUCCUUCAAAAUACUUCUCGCCGCCUCCUCCCUCCAGGAGUCCUGAGCAAAACUGGACAAAUUCUUCUUACUCCAGAUUCUCCAUUUCACCUGCAAAUAUAGCAAGCUUCUCCCUUACUCAUUUAACCGACUCUGAUAUAGAACAAGGAG